CCGGCUGAAGCCACUAUGGGGAGGCCCCGAGGCGGGGUGGACCUCAGCCCCCAGCCGGCGGCAUCCACUUCUGGCCCCCGGGGCUCGCCCUCCUCCACCGAGGCUGGCCGGCCCCCCAGCACUGUCCCCAGAGCUGGAAGGGACCAGGCUCCGCAGGGGCGGGGCGGAGGCGGGGGCGGAGCCGGGAGGAGCAGGUGGGCGGGGCAGCCCGCGCCGGGGUUUAGGGAAGUGAGAAGCUGGGUGGGGUGGGCUGGGAGGAAGAAUCUGAAAAGCAGAAGUGCGAGGAAGGAGAGCUGCGGAGAGGUGAAAGUGGCAGGGUGGCUGAAGGAGAGUCGGGACUUCUGGCUGGGACCCUCUAACGCGGCAGGUGAGGGGUGGCUGCCAGGGUCUGGAAACAGAGACUCACAUUUCUGGAAGACGUUUUGUCCGGGACCGGUGUCCCCCAGCCCGCUAUCCUGGCAGCUUUGUGCCAGGGUCCAGAACCGGAAGCAGCAUGUACACACGUCUCCCCCAGAGGAUCCCGGCCUGCACGUCUGGCGGGUGGAGAAACUGAAGCCAGUGCCCGUAGCACGGGAGAACCAGGGCAUCUUCUUCUCGGGGGACUCGUACCUCGUGCUGCACAAUGGCCCGGAAGAGCUCUCCCACCUGCACCUGUGGAUAGGCCAGCAGUCCUCCCGGGAUGAGCAGGGGGCCUGCGCUGUGCUGGCCGUGCAUCUCAACACCCUGCUUGGGGAGCGGCCCGUGCAGCACCGAGAGGCGCAGGGCAACGAGUCCGACCUCUUCAUGAGCUACUUCCCACACGGCCUCCAGUACCAGGAAGGUGGAGUGGAGUCAGCAUUUCACAAGAUCUCUCCAGGGGCCGCUCCAGCUGCCAUCAAGAAACUGUACCAGGUGAAGGGGAAGAAGAACAUCCGGGCCACUGAGCGGGCGCUGAGCUGGGACAGCUUUAACACCGGGGACUGCUUCAUCCUGGACCUGGGCCAGAACAUCUUCGCCUGGUGUGGUGGAAAGUCCAACAUCCUGGAGCGCAACAAGGCGCGGGACCUGGCCCUGGCCAUCCGGGACAGUGAACGGCAGGGCAAGGCCCAGGUGGAGAUCGUCACGGAUGGGGAGGAGCCUGCCGAGAUGAUCCAGGUCCUGGGCCCCAAGCCUGCUCUGAAGGAGGGCAACCCCGAGGAAGACCUCACAGCUGACCGGACAAACGCCCAGGCUGCGGCUCUGUAUAAGGUCUCCGAUGCCACCGGACAGAUGAACCUGACCAAGGUGGCGGACUCCAGUCCCUUUGCCCUCGAGCUGCUGCUGUCUGAUGACUGCUUCGUGCUGGACAACGGGCUCUGUGGCAAGAUCUACAUCUGGAAAGGGCGUAAAGCUAACGAGAAGGAGCGCCAGGCGGCUCUCCAAGUGGCUGAGGACUUCAUCUCCCGCAUGCGAUAUGCCCCCAAUACUCAGGUGGAGAUUCUGCCCCAGGGCCGCGAGAGCCCCAUCUUCAAGCAAUUCUUCAAGGACUGGAAAUGAGGUUCCCUUGGCCCAGAAGAGUGUUGCCUGGAGCCGAAAUACCACUCGGAGGCUGUGUUUAGGAAACUGACUGAGGGACAGCAGAGGACACCAGACCUGGACCGUUUUAAGUUUCCAUUUCUCUUCAUCCCUCCAUUUGGGCUUAACCAUCUUUGAAUCCUGAAGCAAGGAAGACUGGGUCAUCUUUUGUGGGGACUGCUGACAUGGCCCCGUGUCUGGAGACUCAACCCUGUAGUUCUGGGGAGGGGCCUGGGCAUCUGCCUCCCCCCAGGGGACUCUGAAGUGGGUUGAUGGCUGACAGCUGCUGCUGUAAGGAGCCCACUGCUGGGUCAGCUGUCAGGAGGCGGGUCCCAGGCCCAGCUUCACCACUUACUAGCUUUACCUCUCUGACCCUCACAUUCCUUUGCUGGAAAACACAUUUACAAGGAUCAUCGCUGCUCCACCUCUUCUCCGGCCUGUCAUGUUGGCUGAAUAAAACAAUGGAUAGAAACUGCA